AUGACUAGAAGACGCGGAAAGAAGAGUAAGAAGACUGCCCACGUGAUGAAUCCUGUCAAUUCGGAAUCUCCUCCCAGCCAAUUUGUUGCCGAUGAAGUAGAUGAUGAGCUCAAAAAAGCUAAGCAGGAAUUGGAAGCUGUUCAACAUAAACUGGAUUUUCAAAAACUCUGCAACUUCACAUUGGCCAACGAUCACCAAAAAGCAUUGACUAUUUUGGAAUUGGAUAAAAAAUUGAUAGAGAAGCAAUCAGAAAUUAAUUCCCUAACUCAUCAACUCGAUGUUGAAAAACUGGUAUCAAGCAGAGCAAAAAUUCAACAAGACACUCAAGACCUCAUGUUGAAACUUAAAAUUCUGGAGGACGAGGAAGACCAGGAAGCAGCUUUGAAAAUGGAACAGGAGACAACUGAAAGCUUGAGAAAAAGGAGCAACCAAUUAAAGGAAGCUUUGAAGAGCAAUCUGAAAAUAAAGCCCUGGAAAGAUUGCCAGCUUUGUUUCCAGGAGUUUGCCAUAAACGUAGACAUGGUUCCAAGGCUCUUGCAAUGUGGACACACCAUCUGCUCAGCUUGUCUUCGGAAACUUAUGAAGCCGACAUACACCAAGUGUCCUUUUGAUGGAGCAGUUUGGCGUUCCAGCACGACGGAGACAGUCGAUGAUUUCCCGAAAAAUUAUAAAGUGUUUGAUAUGUAA